CCAACCUGAAGGAAUGCCAUCUUUGUUUUCUUGGUUGAUUAUUCAAGCUAAUACCCCCUCUUAAACCCAUUAAAUAUCAUGUCACGAUGCGAAUUUUCUACCAAAAUAAUCCCGGCAACUUGUGCCUGGAGUUUACUGCUCGGAGCAACAGCAGUAUUCUUUGCCUUCGUAUGUCCGUAUUUGCUGGAAGCUGUUUCAAUAGGUAUUCCGAUCUACCAAGGGAUUGUGACAGUAUUUGUUAUUGCCAACUUUGGCCUUGCCACAUUCAUGGACCCAGGAAUUUAUCCUAAAGCUCAUGAGGAUGAAGUUAAAGAUGAAGAUUUUCGAGCACCAUUAUACAAGAACGUAGAAAUAAAGGGUAUAACUGUGCGGAUGAAAUGGUGUACAACAUGUCAGUUUUAUAGACCACCUAGGUGCUCACAUUGUAGUGUUUGUAAUAAAUGUAUAGAAACUUUUGAUCAUCAUUGUCCAUGGGUGAAUAAUUGUAUAGGAAAAAGAAAUUAUAGAUAUUUUUUCUUAUUUCUAAUAUCAUUAUUCAUUCACAUGCUCAGCAUCUUUGCAUUUUCACUUUUAUAUGUGCUAAAAAACAGAGACAAUAUAGGAGAAAGGGGAAAUAUAGUGUCUAUUGUAGAAAUGAUAAUUAUAGGUUUAUUACUUUUCCCUGUUGGUGGUCUGAUGGGAUUUCAUAUGGUGUUAGUGUCUAGAGGGAGAACAACAAAUGAACAGGUAACAGGUAAAUUUAGAGGAGGACAUAAUCCAUUCACAAGGGGAUGUUCACAGAAUUGCAGAUAUGCAGUAUGUGGGCCACAAUGGCCAAAACUGGUAUCAUAUGUGCCUAAAACAAGGACUAUUCAUAUAGACGCUAGUAAAGUCACUUAUCAUGCAGCUGGCAAAGGGGAUGUCAAAUUAUAUAGUGAUAAUUCAAACGGAAUUAAACGAAAUUCUGCCAUUACCAAAAAUGCCACCCCUCAAUCUUCAUGUCUUCUGGACGAUGACAGUCAAGACAGUGAGACAACGCCCCCUUUACAGAAAAGGUCAGACUCAAAAACAAAUCUUUUUGAUGAUUCACAGCAGCCAUCGAUGAAUUCAACCAUGGGAACAUACCAUAGUCAGACCAAUAACCGAGCUUCACCUCCAAGACAGUAUCACCAUGGUAACAGCAUCUCAAAGUCCCCACAACGAGGGAGAAGAGCAGAGAGGGCAGCAGCUUUGGCGGCGGCACCUGUAGCCACACCGGAGGAUUCUGUUUUGACACCACCACGUUCUCUGUUGAAUAGUCCUGGCUUGGACCGUGUGUCACAUGCUAUGCGUAAUACAAGUGUUCCAAGCAGAGCUGUGAAUAGCAAUAAUACUAAUUAUGAUAAGGUUCGUGAACAAAAUUCAAGGUCUCAAAGUGAACCUAGACCUAAAAGAGAAAGUGAAAAUCGUUAUAAAACUGAUUCUCAUCAACCAGGUCAUUCUGGAAAUACAUAUUACCCAAAUUCUCAAAACAGUGCAUCAUCUGUUCCGUAUCGACCUAAAUUCAAUUAUACUCAUAAGCCUCCCCAAUCACCAUCUAGGUCAGCACCGCGUUUCUCACAAAAGACUAAUGGCUACACGUCGAAAAGUGAGGAAAUGUUAGAUUCUUAUGGUCAGGAUAACUAUAGACCAAGUGAUGGCUAUAAUAAUUCAAAACAGAUGUACAACUCAGGUGAUUAUCGUGGGAGGUCACAUGACAGCCUCCCAACCAAUAGAUAUGCUGCACAGUCUCGCAGUGCAACUACACUUCCUCCCCAUACUCAAGGGCUGUUUGAUGAUGAAAUAGGUGGAUCUAGACGUCCGUUGUCAUUUGUAAAGGCAUUAGAAAUGAGUGAAAUUGGUGGACAGAAUUCUAAUAAUGGUAUAAAUAAAAAUCAUGCUAUGCCGAGAAGUCGGACAUUAUCACCCAGUGAAUCAAGACAGCCUUUACCGAGUCGGACUACAAAUUCAAAUAAUUCAAGACAAUCACAUCCUAGCCACAAACGGCCAAAUGAAAAAGCUGAGAAAAAGAAAAGUGUUUAUGAUACAUUUGAAGUAGCUGUAUGACCUGUAUGUGUAUUAUUUUACGUUAUUGAUAUCCAUCAAACCUUGUCUUUAAUUGGAGUACAUUUCUGCUCAGGUGGAUUUUGCUGCUUCCAUCUGGCAAGGCAAAACCUUGAGAUGUCCCCUGUGUCAACCCUUUAUUAAUGAAAUUUAUGUUCAACCAUGGUGGGCAGGUUGAAAAAGCUGAAUCCACCUAGACUGAAGUGUAUGUCUGAUAUAAAUACAAUUAUAGUAGUGUUCAAAAUAGCUUUGUUCAAAAUAGAAAUAAGGAGAUGUGGUAUGAUUGCCAAUGAGACAACUAUCCACCAAAGUUCAAAUGAAGUGGAUGUUAGCAAUGAUAGGCAACCGUACAGCCUUCAUCAAUGAGAAAAACCCAUACCGUAUAGUCGGCUAUAAAAGGCCCUGACAUGAAAAAUAUGAAACAAUUCAAUUGAGAAAAACUAACGGCCUAUAUUCAAAGGUCUUUUAAAGAUAUCUGAGAGAGGUUGUAAAUGGUUGUAGCAAAUUAGCGAUAUUUAUGUCACAAUUAUAGUUUUGAUUAUGUAAAACUUUAUUUGUUACAUAUAACACUCUAUUUCUUAAAUUUUAAUACUAUGAAUUCAUUUAUUUUCAUGGAUACUUUGUAAUUAUGUGGUUUUGACAAAAUAUACAUACAUACGAACCUAAACAAAAUACAUGAAAUAAGACUCAAAUUGUGGUUCGCCUAUACCCACAAAAUUCAUGAAUAUUUGUUUCCUAUGAAUAAUGAUGAAUCUAUGUUCAAAAGUUAUUAUUUUGAGCCCUCUUGAAAAGGCAUUCAUGAAACUUUAAAGUAUAUUUGGCUAAGUGCAGUCCUAAUCAGUCAGAUGGUUUUUCCAGAAAAUAAAUUGAGCUGAUAAAAUGAGUUGAUAUUGAAAAUAAUUUAUAGUAUAUAUAUUCAAUCUUAACUAGUUUUUACGACAAAAUCAUUAAUAAAUCAAAUGAAGACGUAACAUUGACAGGCAGUAAAAGUGUAGAGUCAAUAAUAAAAACAAUGUUGUUGUCAGCUUUUUACAAUAGUAAUUAAACUUUUAAUAUUGAUUUAAUCAAUCACGAUAGGAAGGCAGUUAUACACUUGAUUUAUGGCAUCUUUCAGAGGUUUGAUGGAUAUUGGUUAAACUUUUGUUAUGAAUGAAAUUUUAAUGAAUGUUUGAGUCAGCAAUAUAUAUUUUUAUAACAGUAAGGUAGUCAAUUCUCUAACUGUGAUCACAUUUGAUAUUUUAUGUAAUGUUCGUCAUCUUGUACGAUGUAUUGGUUACUACUUCAUCAAUGUGACUUGAUGGGUUCAGACAGAGAAAAAAAGCAAAUUUUAACUGUUGGGAUGAGAGCAGAUCUAUAUAUUGGCAAAGAGAUCUUUGUUAAUAAAUUGCAUAGAUAAAUAGCUCACCUGGACCAUGAGACUAAUUUGAGCAGAUAUUUAGCUCACCACGAUCAUGAGCAUCUGCCAUCACUUGCUUUUCAUUGUCUUUAUCUUUUCUUUUCGUUAUCUGGAUUUGUUUGUCCAAGCGGAACCAAAAUUGACUGGAAUUUUAUGAAUAUCUGUUUAGAUAUUCCCCAUUUUAUGAAAGACCCUAGCAACCAAAGCUUGCUGUAAUUUUGAUAGGUAAUUUUUAUGCCCCACCUUUGGUAAUAGGUUGGCGUUAUAUUUUCUGGUCUAUGUCAUGUAUAUGUCCUUCUUUAUUAGGUGAAUAUUGUGAUAUUGUAAAAGAUAUAAAUAAAAACAGUGUCCUUCUUUAUUAUGGGACAGAUAUUGUAAAAGAUAUGAAUGAAAAGUUUUAUGGUCUUUCAAAUCAUUGUAAUCUGUACAUUUCCCCCUUACAGGGUACAUGUCCUUGACCUCAUUUUCAUGGUCCAUUGAUCAACACUAAGUCAAACCUCAUUCUAUCUAAUGGUUAAAAUUUUGAGCAUAGGUCAACAUGUUUGGUACUAGGAGUAAUAGACCAUGUAUGCAUGUUGUGGGGUUCUUAUGCUUUAACAUAUUACUCGACGAUAACUUAGGCUUUUUUACACUAUCCAUUUAUUAUUCAGUUAUAGAAAUCAAUGAAGAAGGCAAGACAUUUUAAAGUAUGCAGUCUUAGUCAUUAGUAUUAGAUUUUUUAUUUUAGAAAAAAAACCUGACAGAUUGGAAUAUGUAACAUAAUUUUUAAAAUCCCACUAAACAGACUGACAGACUAGUCGACUUCAGUCUGUGUUGUGUUGUAGAUAUUUUACAGUCCUUUUAAGGGUAGCCUUUACAAUGAAACAUAAAAUAUUGCCUCUCAGUAUAUCAGAUUGUUACAUUUCCUUUUAUCAGCAAAAUUGGAAUAGAAUUUUAUUAUCGAACGAGUGUCUACUUUCUCGCUUUUGUCUGCAAAUGUGUAUAUCAUGCAUUGGUCCGACAGAUAUCUAUUCCGUCUAUAGACUUAACUAGAUUUAAUCUUGAACUGACUGAGACUUAUUGGGAUUUUCAUGUCGUUAGUUUUCUAUGAUAAAUUCACAUCAAAUAAUAAUGACUUUGACAGUUAUUUAUAAUUUACAGACCAGCUGUUUGGUAUGUUAUUGAUUUGUCAACUUUUGAGAAGUUCUUUGUCAAUAUUUACAUCACAUUAAAUGCUGAAUAAUUAGCAAAGAAUGAUUUUAAGUGAAGACAAAUAUCUCUGAAGACUUCAAAGGUAUUGCAUUAGUUUAAGGUUCAUUUCUCCCUUUGGUUUUCAUAGAAUGAUAGAGAAGUAAAUGAAGGCACAGACAGUCCCAUUUUUUUCCAAAUGAAGGAGAGAAAAUUGUGAAAUAUACUGUAAAUUCAUUAGACUAAAAUGUGAUUUUAAUUUUUUGCGAUAUUGAGAAAAAUCCUGUUUAGUUCAUAUAAAAAAUUUCAAAAUGCGAGUUUAAAUUAUUGCGAUUAUAACCCUGUCGUA